AUGGAGGAGGCCUGCGAGAUCGCGCGCCUGCCGGAGGAGCUCCUCUCUGCGGCGCUGGCACGCACGUCCCCGCGCGACGCCUGCCGCGCGGCCGCCGUCUCCCCGGCCUUCCGCGCCGCGGCCGACUCCGACGACGUCUGGGCCCGCUUCCUGCCCCCCGGCGGCCUCCCGCCGCUCGCCGACGGGGAGCCGCCGGCCCCCGCCCCGCCCUCGUCCAAGAAGGAGCUCUUCCUCCGCCUCUCCGCCGGCCCCGCCCUCCUCCAGGACAAGCUCGUGAGCGUGUGGCUGGACAGGGAGACCGGCGCCAAAUGCUACAUGCUGUCCGCCAGGAACCUCUUCAUCGUGUGGGGGAACACGCCCGAGUACUGGACCUGGAUCCCACUCCAAGACUCCAGGUUCUCCGAAGGUGCUGAACUCUUGAAUGUUUGCUGGUUCGAGAUCCAGGGGAAGAUACAUGGCAAGAUGCUCUCCCAAGGCACAACCUAUGCUGCCUACAUGGUCUUCCAGAUGGACGAAAAUUCCUAUGGGCUGAAUUUUCCUGUCCAGGAGGCAUCGGUCAGUUUCGGAGCAACCAACUUGACCCGCAAGGUUUGCCUACAAGCUGACGACGGGGACGAGGACGAGGACGAGUACGAGUACGAGUACGAGUAUGAGGAGGAGGAUGAGGAUGAAGAGGAUGAGGAGGACGAGGACGAUGAGGAGGAGGAUGAGGACGGCGACGAGUACUAUAGGGAGCUGACGGACAGGCGCGUAGUAUCUCACAAAGAGAAUGUCACGUUCCCUCAGAAAAGAGCCGACGGGUGGCUGGAGCUGGAGCUGGGCGAGUUCUUCAGCGAGGGGGGCGACGACAGCGAGGUGUCCAUCAGCCUGACGGAGACCAAAAGUGGGAGGUGGAAGAGCGGCCUCAUCGUGCAGGGCAUCGAGAUCAGACAUAAGAAAUCGGGCUGA